AUGUCUGAAACCAAGACCGAAACCACCCCAACUCAAGGCAAUGACCUGGUCACCUUUACUCCAAGAACCUACGGAGACUGGAGAGAUGAAUUCCACAAGAACGGAUGCGUGGUCAUCAAGAAUGUGAUCAGUCCCGAGCGUGCCCAGUACUACUGUAAAAAGCAAAUCGAAUGGCUGAAGAAGUUCGGCCUUGGAUUUGACGAGAACGAUGAGAGCACAUGGACUGCGGAUCAUCUUCCAGUUAGCUUCAAGGGCGGAAUGUAUUUUGCCUACGGGGCACCGCACGAGAAGAUGGCAUGGGAAGCUCGUACGGAGCCCGCCGUGAUUGAGAUCUUCGAAAGGUUAUGGGAAACCGACGAAUUGAUAACUUCCUUUGAUGGCAUGAAUAUCUCUCUGCCCCGACGCAAAGAUCUUCAUUGGAGUCCUUGGCCGCACUGUGAUCAGAACCCUGACCGCAAAGGAAUGCAGGCCGUCCAGGGAUUACUCAACUAUGCACCCAAUGGACCAAAAGACGGUGGACUCAUGCUUAUGAAAGGCUCAUCGAAGCUGUUUGACGAGUUCUUUGCACAUAAGCGUGAGUCGUACGAUCACGAGGACGCUCCUCCGCCGGAACUCAAGUUCAUGGAUCUAUUCCUGUUCAACGAAACAGACGUGCAAUGGUUCAAAGAUCAUGGCUGCGAGCUUAUCAAGGUCAACAUGGAACCUGGCGACUUUGUACUCUGGGACUCCCGAACUAUGCACUACGCCUGUCUUCCGGAAGGAGACCAGAUCCGCCAUGUGCAAUAUAUCUGCAUGACGCCGCGCCGGUUCGCGACUCCUGACGCUCUGGGGUUGAAGAAGGAAUGUUUUGAUAACUACAUGGGUACUACUCACUGGCCACACUGUAAUAUUCGCCCAACCAAAGAGAAGCCAAUGCGAAAUGGUGAGAUAUGUCCUAAGGACCGAAACGAACCAUUUGAAAAGUCGGAAAUUACAGAGCAGAUUUUGAAGCUGGCCGGUGUUAAGGCAUAUUGA